UCAAUUCCUUUUUUCAUUUAUAUAAUCAUUAUCUCAAGCUAAAACACAGUUACAUUUAUCUACAUAUUUGGAAAUAGUUGGAAUAGAUAAUUGAUUGUAGCAGGCAAUGCUAACACUCUUUUUCUUUCUUUUUAAAUUUGAGAGUUUAUCAAUUUAAUCAAUACAUAUAUUUUGUAUUAACAUAAAAAAAAUUUCAGGUUUGUGAGGAAAGAAAAGAAAGAUGAAGGAUGCGGAUGUAUCAAAGCAGAUCCAGCAGAUGAUUAAAUUCAUCCGCCAAGAAGCCGAGGAAAAAGCUAACGAGAUUUCGGUUACAGCCGAGGAGGAAUUCAACAUUGAGAAACUACAAUUACUUGAGGCUGAGAAGAAAAAGAUCAAACAAGAAUACGAGCGGAAAAGCAAACAAAUCGAUGUUCGUAGAAAGAUUGAAUACUCGAUGCAGUUGAAUGCAUCGCGUAUAAAAGUGCUUCAAGCACAAGAUGACACUGUGAAUUCAAUGAAGGAAGCUUCUAGAAAGGCUCUCUCACGUCUCGCUAAUGAUAAGAAAGUUUACAGGAAACUCCUCAGGGACUUGAUUCUACAGGGUUUAGUGAGGAUGAGGGAACCAUCGGUGAUAAUAAGAUGCAGAGAGAGUGAUAAGAAGAUAAUUGAGUCAUUGAUUGAGGAAUGCAAGAAAGAUUACAUGGAUAAAAUGCGCCUCCAGCAACCACCUAGGAUCACCAUUGAUGAGCGUGUUUAUCUCCCACCACCUAAAAACGGCAACGCCGCCGAUUCUCUUGAACCUUUUUGCAAUGGAGGAGUAGUAAUGGCUUCGGAGGAUGGGAAGAUAGUGCUGGAGAACACCCUUGAUGCACGCUUGGAUGUUAUUUUUCGCCACAAAUUGCCUGAGAUUCGGAAGCGCUUGUUAGGUUGAACAUUCAAGAGAUUUCUAAUUUCUUUUCAUCAACCACAUUGUCUCCUCUCUUGGUUAACUUAUUUAUAUAUUGUUUUUUUCCCCCCAAAUUUCUCUAAACUACAAUGUAUU